GUCCGGCGGCGCCGGCCGCCUCCGCUCUGCGGCCUCCCGCGCUCUCCCCCCUCGCCGGGGCCGCGGCGGGGGCGGCAGGGCCGCGCUCCGCCCCGCCCCGCCCCGCCGUGCCGUGCCGAACCGUGCGGGGGUGUCUGAGCGCCGGCUGCUGCAUUGUCGCGGCAGCCCCGCUGGGGGUGCCCGCGGGGGUCCGCGGAGCGGCUCGGGGGCGGCGGCGGGAGGGAGGAGGAGAAGAAGAAGAAGAGGGCGCGGGCGCUGGGGCUCGGGUGCCGGCGGGAGCUGCCGUGAGAGGAGAGGCGCGGGCGGCCCCGAGAGAGGGGCGGCCGGGAGCGGGGCCAUGUCGCUGCAGAGCCCGCCGGCGGCCACGGCUGCCGCCGACCUCCCCCCCGCCGACCCCGGCGCGGGGCUCCCGCCGGGCGCAGAGCUGAAGCAGGGCAGCGCGGCGUCCCCGUCGGCCGAAGAGGGUGGCGAGGAUGAGGAGGAAGAAGAGGAGGAGGAGGAAGAAGAAGGGGAGAAAGAAAAGGAGCGAGAGAAACUGCCGCCCGUCCCGUCGGCAUCCAGCGCGGCUGCCGGGGGGUUGGAGAGAGGAGCCAAAAAUCAGUUUUCCACUUUCAGCAACUUCAUCACCACUAUCAACCAAAAGAAAGAAGGCAUCGGAAACAGAAAUUCACCUACGCAACUUGUAAUACCCAACAUCAAAAACGUGAGAGACCUACCACCUAUUUGCCUCGAUGUACGACAAAAGCAGCGCAUCUCUAUAGAUACAUUACCCCAAGAACUGAAAGCACCAAUUCCUCCUGAACCUUCCCUUCCCAUCCGAACCAAAACUGUGAAAGAUUUUCAGGAUGAUGUGGAAAAGGCUAAGUCAUCAGGAGAUUGGAGAGCUGUACAUGAUUUUUAUUCUACAACAUUUGAUUCUUUCCUGGAGAUAAAUGCUGCAUUUAAGAAAGAUACUGAUUCUCCAUUUAAUACCAUUGAGGACUCUGGAAUCAAUGCGAAAUUUGUGAAUGUUGUCUAUGAUGCCUUAUUAAAUACUCCUCAAGAUGUUCAGAAGUCAGUCCUAAAAGGAAUAAUUAAUGGUCUGCUACAAGAAUGGAAAGGGCCGCGAACAAAAGAUGAUCUUAGAGCAUACUGUAUACUUUUACAGAAUCCUCAAUUUAGUAACACUUCUACUUAUGUCAUCUAUGCUCACUUGCUAAGACAGAUAGCAGCCUUAACAGAAGCUGACCAUCAUUUCCUAGUGCACUGGUCUAAAAAGAUUUCCCAGAGAAGGUUCAAGCAGCUGGUAGACAGAUUACUGCAAUUUAUUUCUUUACGCCUGUUUCCUGCAAAACCUGAAGAGUUUCCACCUAUGGUGAAAUGCUCCUGGUGGAUUCCGUCAGCAACCAAAGUCCUGGCUUUAUUUAACGCUGCAAAUAGUCUGAUCAGUCCUCCUAUUAUUUCAUAUACGGAUUUCUAUAAUUCUACACUUGAUCAUAUUGAUCUUAUGGAAGAAUAUCAUAACUGGCAAUGUUAUGGAAAUUCUCACAGGUUUUCUUUCUGUCAGUACCCAUUUAUUAUUUCUAUAGCAGCAAAAAAAGUAAUUAUUCAAAGGGACUCAGAACAACAGAUGAUAAGUAUUGCACGGCAAAGCCUUGUGGAUAAAGUCUCUCGCAGACAGAAACCUGACAUGAAUAUGUUGUUCCUAAAUGUGAAAGUGAGAAGGACGCACCUUGUUAGUGAUUCACUUGAUGAGCUAGCAAGGAAGAAGGCAGAUCUGAAAAAGAAGUUGAAAGUCACAUUUGUAGGGGAAGCUGGUCUUGAUAUGGGUGGACUGACAAAAGAAUGGUUUCUUCUUCUGAUUCGCCAGAUCUUUCACCCAGAUUAUGGCAUGUUCACCUACCAUAAGGACUCGCACUGCCAUUGGUUCAGCAGCUUUAAGUGUGAUAACUAUUCUGAAUUCCGAUUGGUUGGAGCUCUUAUGGGACUUGCUGUUUAUAAUAGCAUCACCUUGGAUAUUCGUUUCCCACCUUGCUGUUACAAGAAAUUAUUGAGUCCUCCCAUUGUUCCCUGCGAUCAUAGCACACUUGUAGGCAUCUGUGAUGUCACAUUAGAUGACCUGUUUCAGAUUAUGCCUGAACUGGCCCAUGGACUAAGUGAACUUCUAGCCUAUGAAGGCAAUGUUGAAGAGGAUUUUUACUCAACCUUCCAGGUUUUCCAGGAAGAAUUUGGUGUUAUAAAAUCUUACAACUUAAAGCCAAAUGGAGAUAAAAUUCCAGUCACAAAUCAGAAUAGGAAAGAGUAUGUGCAGCUCUAUGUUGAUUUUCUUCUCAACAAAUCAAUUUAUAAACAGUUUGCAGCUUUCUAUUAUGGAUUUCAUAGUGUUUGUGCUUCAUAUGCGUUACUGCUACUUCGUCCAGAAGAGGUUGAAAUUCUUGUCUGUGGCAGUCCUGAGCUGGAUAUGUCUGCUUUACAGCGAAGUACCCAAUAUGAGGGCUACCAAAAAACUGAUCUUACUAUACGAUACUUUUGGGAUGUAGUACUUGGAUUUUCACUUGACCUUCAAAAGAAGCUGUUACAUUUUGCUACAGGAAGUGAUAGAGUACCUGUGGGAGGAAUGGCUGAUUUGAAUUUCAAGAUUUCAAAGAGUGAAACAUCUACUAAUUGGUUACCUGUGGCCCAUACCUGCUUCAACCAGCUUUGUCUCCCUCCUUACAAGAACAAGAAGGAACUGAAGCAAAAGUUGAUAAUUGGAAUUUCAAACGCAGAGGGUUUUGGUCUAGAAUAAAAUUAAAUACUUCAAGAGCAGCAUUUUUAUGUAGCAUUCACUCUCUUCUGAUUGUGCCUUUAAGCUUUUUGUUGUUAUGUCUCUUGAUACUGUGCCAGUCUUACCCAACUGAGAUUUUUUUUUUAAUUAAAUAUGAAGUGUAUGUUUCUUCCUGAAUGGCAAUACAUUUACUGCUUGCUUUGUCACAGAAAGUAGCUUUCUUCGUACAAAAAGCUAGUCUGUUUGAUAAACAAAACCCAACUAAGAUGAUUUCUAAGUUAUAGAUUGUUUCUGGUUUUUCUUAAUAGCACUUUAUCAUUAAUCAUAAUUCCUUUAUAUUGCAGGUAUCCCACUGGGAGAUAGUAUACAGAACAUUUCUUUAUUAGCUAAUCCCAGUGGUAGAAUGUUUUCAAUUAACAUGAAUAAUAGGGAAAAAAAAUAACAUACAGCAUGUAGCCAUAUUUUCACAAAUGCAAAUAGGAAUUUUAGUCUUUAUAAAAUGUAUGCAGUUUUAAUAUUCUGGUUUUCCUUCUCAAUGAAACAGGCUGUCUAAGAAGCAUGUAAAUAACUGCCUGUGGACAAAUAGGGUUUUGAUAGUGCCAUUUACUGCUAAAAAUUUAUUUUUUAUGAAUAAGAGGUUUUAGAUGUUCUAUAUUCGGCUUUUGCACUUGACUGUACAAGAGUGUUAAAAGGUACUUUUUUCAGCUUGAGGGGAUUAAAGUUCCAACUCCAGAUAUUAAGCAACUUGUAUGUUCAUUCUCUGACAGCAAACUAACCAGAUCUACUGUAGCGUUAUAGUAAUCAAAACUAGAUAUUUAAAAUAAAUUCCACAUAUGAUGAAAUAUUUCGGGAAAAGACUUAAAUCCAUGCCACAUGGAAAACUGAUGGAGUGUAUCAUGCUAUCAUUUUUUCCAGCAACUUUAUUGAAAGUCUUAAGUAAGCUCUGACAAAAGUGAAUACAGCAACAUUUCAGGAGAAUGUUGAAGCUUUCAUUAACUUGAAGGCCAGCAUUUAAAGACAAUGUUAUGUGGUUUUCACUGCACAAACUACGUUAAAAGAAUUCUUGGUGUGCGUGCUCUGAGUUAGUACAUUAGGCGCCGGGAAAGGAGCUGGUUCUAAAGAAAGGAGCUGGUUCUAAAAUGCAGAUGUAAUUAUAAGUCUGGGGUUUAUCCAUUAAAUGGAAAGAAUUUAUCAGCAUGCAGUAUAGUAUUUUUUUUAAUAUGAAUAGCUACUGUGUGUUCUCUAUAGAUUUUUCUUUCAGCUGAAUGAGGCCCACAUCGUUCAAGACACUUUUGGCAUCUAAUUUGUCAGCUUUCCCCAUUGACUUCUGCUGGGGCAUGGAUGCUUAAAUAUCUUGUAGUGUCUGUACUCAAUUACUUAUUUGCAAUAAGAGUAAAAUGUUAUAUUAUUCUUG